AUGUUCAGCUGGUUGGGUACCGAUGACAGGAGGAGGAAAGACCCUGAAGUGUUCCAGACUGUGAGCGAGGGACUCAAGAAGCUCUACAAAACCAAGCUGCUCCCUUUGGAAGACUACUACAAAUUCCACGAGUUUCAUUCGCCAGCCCUGGAAGAUGCUGACUUUGAUAAUAAGCCAAUGGUGCUGCUGGUGGGGCAGUAUUCCACUGGGAAGACCACCUUUAUCAGGUACCUGCUGGAACAGGAUUUCCCAGGGAUGAGAAUUGGACCAGAGCCUACGACUGACUCCUUCAUCGCAGUGAUGCAGGGGGACGUGGAGGGGAUCAUUCCUGGUAAUGCACUGGUGGUGGAUCCGAAAAAACCCUUCAGGAAACUCAAUGCUUUUGGCAAUGCUUUUUUGAACAGAUUUGUAUGUGCCCAGCUGCCCAACCCAGUUCUAGAGAGCAUCAGUGUGAUCGAUACUCCAGGGAUCCUUUCAGGAGAGAAGCAAAGAAUUAGCCGAGGUUAUGACUUUGCAGCCGUGUUGGAGUGGUUUGCAGAGCGGGUCGACCGCAUCAUUCUCCUCUUCGAUGCCCACAAGCUGGACAUCUCAGACGAGUUCUCUGACGUCAUCAAGGCGCUGAAGAACCACGAGGACAAGAUGAGGGUGGUGCUCAACAAGGCUGACCAAAUCGAGACCCAGCAGCUGAUGCGCGUAUAUGGCGCCCUCAUGUGGUCCCUGGGGAAGAUCGUCAACACACCCGAGGUGAUCAGGGUCUAUAUCGGCUCCUUCUGGUCCCAUCCGCUGCUGAUCCCUGACAACCGCAAGCUGUUUGAGGCCGAGGAACAGGACCUGUUCAGGGAUAUUCAAAGCCUGCCCCGCAAUGCAGCCCUGCGGAAGCUGAACGAUCUCAUCAAGCGGGCACGGCUGGCCAAGGUCCAUGCCUACAUCAUUAGCUCCCUGAAGAAGGAAAUGCCAUCAGUGUUUGGUAAAGACAAUAAGAAGAAGGAGCUUGUGAACAAUUUGGGGGAGAUUUAUAGCCGGAUCGAACGGGAGCAUCAGAUCUCACCAGGAGACUUCCCGAAUCUCAGAAAGAUGCAGGAUCAGCUGCAGGGUCAAGAUUUCAGCAAAUUCCAGCCACUGAAGAGUAAACUGCUGGAGACAGUGGAAGACAUGCUGGCCAAUGACAUUGCACAGCUCAUGGUGCUGGUACGCCAGGAAGAGUCCCAAAGGCCCAUGCAGAUGGUGAAGGGAGGUGCCUUUGAGGGCACCCUGCAUGGCCCAUUCGGACACGGCUACGGCGAAGGAGCGGGAGAAGGAAUCGAUGAUGCAGAGUGGGUGGUGGCCAGAGACAAGCCCAUGUACGAUGAGAUCUUUUACACGCUGUCGCCCGUCGAUGGUAAAAUAACUGGGGCCAACGCCAAGAGGGAAAUGGUGAGAUCCAAGCUGCCCAACACCGUACUGGGCAAGAUAUGGAAACUGGCUGACAUUGACAAGGACGGGAUGCUGGAUGAUGAGGAAUUUGCCUUGGCUAAUCAUCUCAUUAAGGUCAAGUUGGAAGGUCACGAGCUCCCAAAUGAACUUCCUUCCCAUCUCCUCCCUCCAUCCAAGAGGAAACUGACAGAGUGA